AGCUAUAAAUGCCACAGUUGUCAAAAGAUACACCUUCUUUGCUUUCCCUUCACUGCUCUCUCUCUCUUUUCCUUUUCUCAUUGUUUUGUUUUCUUCAAAUUGCAAAAAACAAGCUCUCUUUCCAGCUUCAGAACAGACUCACCAACAAUCUCACCCAACUCUUUUCCUCUCUUUGACCUCUCAUUAACUCCCACUUAUCUCCAAACCCUAUCUCUAUUUACAUACAUUCAUCCUUUUGUUGUGUGUCUUAUAUACUUUCCAUUAAACCAUACUUUAAUAAAAACUCCAUCUUUCUUCCAUUUCCUUGUUCAUUUUCUGGGUUUAUUUGGUUGGCUCAAAAGCUUAAAAUCUUGAGACAAACUUCAAUUGCAAUUCACCAUUAGCUUACAUAUCUACUUGGGUUUGCUUCAAAAUCAAAGAAAGGUGGAACCUUUAUUCUUUAUGCCGAUGAUUAAUCGAAAAGUCAAGAGCUUUGUCGCUACAUUCUAAGGUGGGAAGUUGUGUGAGCAAAGGGAUUGAAAGAUGUCAUCUGAGAGUCCUUUGAGUAAUGAAAUGUCAAGGAAGAUCUCUUUGUUUGGUUUGACUGAUGUGAAACUGUGGGUGUUGGUUUGUUUUGUGGUUGGCACAUUCGUGGCUUUGGUUCUCUUCAUCUUAUACGUAUGGAUUGCAUUCCGCCGCAAAUCAUCUCAAAAGUUGUUACCUUUCAGUCAGAUUCCACGCGUGGCGAAGGAUAUAAGGGUUGAUGAUAGAGUUGGGUUUCAAAACCACAGUGAAAAUUUAUGUAUUGCUGAUAAACCGACUGAUAGAAGCUCAGGGAAGAUGAUGGCUUACUUGGGAAGAACGAAGUCUAGCGAUAAUGAUAGUAUAAGUCAGUGUAGCUCUGUGCAUCAUCACGAGAGAGCUUACAGUUCUCACUCCGGUGAAGAAGGAAGCUUUGGAACGGCUUGGAGACAAGGUUCCCUUGUAACAGCGUCUCCUUUGGUUGGUUUGCCGGAGAUAUCUCAUCUUGGGUGGGGACACUGGUUUACUCUUAGGGAUCUUCAGCUAGCCACCAACCGUUUUGCUCCAGAGAAUGUAAUCGGUGAAGGUGGUUAUGGUGUGGUUUACAAAGGUACUCUCAUCAAUGGUAAUGAUGUUGCUGUAAAGAAGCUUCUGAACAAUCUGGGACAGGCUGAGAAGGAGUUUCGAGUUGAAGUUGAGGCUAUUGGUCAUGUACGGCACAAGAAUCUUGUAAGGCUUCUAGGUUAUUGCAUAGAGGGUGUUCAUCGGAUGCUUGUUUAUGAGUAUGUGAAUAGUGGUAAUUUAGAACAAUGGUUACAUGGAGACGUAGGGGAACAUAGAACUCUCACUUGGGAGGCACGUAUGAAGAUCUUAACUGGUACUGCACAAGCGCUUGCUUAUUUACAUGAAGCUAUAGAACCAAAAGUAAUACAUAGAGACAUAAAAGCAAGCAAUAUCCUGAUUGAUGAUGAGUUCAACGCAAAGCUUUCGGAUUUUGGGUUAGCCAAGCUCUUAGACUCUGGUGAGAGUCACAUAACCACUAGAGUCAUGGGCACUUUUGGGUAUGUAGCACCUGAAUAUGCUAAUACAGGUCUAUUAAACGAGAAGAGUGACAUAUACAGCUUUGGUGUCCUGCUCCUAGAAGCUGUAACUGGAAGAGAUCCAGUUGAUUAUGAACGUCCAGCUAAUGAGGUGAAUCUGGUUGAGUGGUUAAAGAUGAUGGUGGGAACGAGAAGAGCUGAAGAAGUUGUUGAUCCAAAGAUUGAACCAAAACCAGCUACACGUGCCCUGAAACGUGCACUUCUUGUUGCCCUGAGAUGUUUAGAUCCUGAGUCAGAGAAACGACCCAAAAUGAGCCAGGUUGUGCGGAUGCUUGAAUCCGAUGACCAACUUUUUCGUGAGGAAAGGAGGAACAGAAAGAGUAGAACAGCAAGUAUGGAGAUUGUGGAGACCAUGGAGGAAACAAGCAAACGGCCUGAGCACUCAGAGAAGAACCAUACUACAAAACCUGACUAGACUCAUGAAUAGGAGAAAACAUUUGAUCAUACAAUUAUUGUUUUUGAGUUAAUUAAUUGUUGUAAUAUAAUCAUCCACCGAGUAAGAGAUUUGAGUUGUACAACAACAAUGUCGACAUCA